GUCGUGAAGGUGAUCCGCACGUCCGGGAUGUGCAUCCUGCGGCAGCUCCGCCUCGAGGAGGCGCUCCUUCGCGUCUCGAGCGAAAACUACUGCGUCGUGAACGACGGCGCGAAAUCCCCCGCGGUCGUGCUCGGCAUCUCCGGCAAGCCGCACGCUCUGUUGGACGUGGAGGCCGCGCAGAGGGACGACCUGACGGUGAUCAAGCGGUUCAGCGGCGGCGGCACCGUGAUCGUGGACGGCGACACGCAGUUCGUGACGCUCGUGAUGAACCGCGACGCGCACGGCAGUCUUCCCGCGCCGUUCCCGCGUCCGAUCAUGGACUGGACCGGGGAGCUGUACGGCGCGCGCGGGGGGGUGUUCGACGGCGUGAGAGGGUUCCGUCUGAGAGAGAACGACUACGUCGUGGGCGAGAAGAAAGUCGGCGGCAACGCGCAGAGCAUAAGCAGCGGACGUUGGCUCCACCACACGUCGUUUCUGUUCAACUUUCGAGACGAGAUGAUGCGAUACCUGAGGCACCCGGAGAAGACGCCCGAGUACCGCGGCGGGCGGAGUCACGCGGACUUUCUGACGCCCCUGAGCGGCUUGAUGCCGAGCCGCGCGACGAUGCUGGAUCGGAUAGAGCCCGCGCUGAGGAAC